CAACACGGUAGGAAAACUAAAUCAACAAGCGAAAACCACUCGCAAUAAGAUAAACGAUAUUUAUCACAACUCAAAAUAUUUCGGUUGGAAACAGUUUGGUGUCAAAAUAAUUAGCAGCUUUCUAGCUUCAGUUUCAGCCAAUUCCACAAUGGUUCAUCUUAAUCAAGGAGAGUUUGAGAACGUGUAUGGUAGAAUUCGUGAAAAGCAGAAGAAGGGCUACUCGAAGUGCUCCUUCGACUUCAUUUUCACCUUUUUCUCCUGCAUCGAUUUGGUUCGAAACUACAAAAAAAGCUUCAUAGCUGGAGAUGUGGUUGCUGGAUUCACGUUGGCCGCAUUCAGCAUUCCUCAAGGAAUGGCGUUCGCGUCUCUGGCGAGUAUGCCUCCUGUGAUAGGAAUCUACAUGGGUUUUCUGGCGCCCAUCGUGUACAUCUUAUUCGGCACAUCCAGACACAUCUCAGUGGCCACUUUCGCCCCUGUGGCAAUGAUGGUCGGAUUCUCUAUACAGACUAUCAAUGAGAUAAUAGAAUCGGAGGAAAGCCAGAAGAUGCAGCUCGCUAAGUCAAACAUGACUGGUGCAACGACGGAAUUCGUCGCCCCUGUCAAAACUCCAGAAGAAGUGACCCAACAGCUAAUCGAGAUAUCGUCCAGCAUCUGCUUCUUCUCGGGAAUAUUUCUGUUGAUUCUGGGUCUUUGUAGACUGGGCUUUGUAGGCAGCUACUUCUCUGUCAGUCUCGUCAAGGGCUUCACUUUCGGAGUGGCCUUCCAUAUUGGAACUUCCCAGGUGAUCAAGGUACUAGGAAUGAAGAUUGCCAAGUACGUGGAUCCUGGCUGUCUCAUACUCACCUGGAGAGAUAUCAUUCUGAACCUGCCCAACACUAACAUCUGCUCUUUCACCUUCGGUUUGACCACUGCGAUCGUUCUCUACAUCUGUCUCUUUCUGCUGGAGAAGUACAAGUCAUAUCUAAGAGGCAUUCCCGUCCCCACUGAGCUGAUCAUCGUCAUCAUUGCUACUAUUGUGUCGGCAAUUGGAAAUUUCCACGAUAAAUUCAACCUAGAGAUAAUCGGAGUCGUGCCCACUGGUCUUCCGGGCUUCUCUACUGCCGCAAUAAGCACAGUCAUUAAACAUCCCUCCACCCUCUCCCCCAUCAUCACGGCAUCCAUCCCCAUCGCUCUAGUCUCUUUCGCCAUCACACUCGCACUCGCUAAAUUACUCGCUCAGAAGCACAGUCACCCAAUCCACAACAACCAAGAGUUGAUUGCACUGGGUUUUGUGGACAUAGUGACCGCAUUCUUCGGCUGCUUCUCCAGCGCGGCCUCCCCUCCUAGGAGCAACCUGCAGAGUGAGGUGGGAGGACACACACAAGUGGCCAGCCUCAUCACCAGCGCUCUGAUGGUGAUUGUGUUGCUGUUUGCGGGUCCGCUCAUCUACUCUCUGCCCUACUCUGUGUUGGGUGCCAUCAUCAUUAUAACUCUGCGGUCUUUCUUCCUACAGGCCAAGGAACUGCCGACUCUGUUCGCCUGUGACAAGUAUGACUUCAUCUGCUGGACAGUGACUGGUCUCUCCACCGUCCUCCUCAACAUCACCUGUGGCCUCGUAGUCGGAAUCGUCCUCUCCCUCCUCUCUGUGCUCUGGAGAUCCCAGAUGCCCGAACACUACGAGAUGGCACAGAUUGUAGACACUGACAAAUACAGGGCGAUGACCGCUUAUGAAAAGAUGCGAAAGAUCCCGGAGACUCUCAUAUUUCGAUUCGGCAUGUCUCUCUACUUCUCAAACGCCGACCUGUUCGUCUCAGCGGCCAAAGAGGAAAUCGCAAAGCGACAGGGUGAAGCCAGCGGCGAACAGAUCGCGAAUGGGACCAAAGCCCAGAAUGAAGGCGAGCUCCGAUUCUUUGUCGUUGACGGAACCCCCUUCAAUUUCGUGGACCAUUCGGGUGCUAUUGCUCUUUCAUCUAUACUUCUCUACUGCCGAAGUCAGAAAAUUCAAUUUUUGAUCGUUCUUCCCGAACUUGGAAUCAUUGAAAAACUAGAGAACGAAAAGUUUGUUGAUAAACUUGGAAUGGAAAACAUUUUCCCAUCUCUCCACGACGCUGUUUUGCACAUUGAGGACGCACAGAUGAACGGCGGCGCAGGCGGAGGCCGCAAUAUGGAAUAUGCGAAGUUGUUGCAGAAAAACGAGAUGUCCCCAGUUUAAACUAGGAGGAAAACUAGAUUCAUCGAUAACAAGAUAUGCUAUAGUUUUAUAGCCAGACGAACUCUAUCAUUUCCACUCACAGUAGCUAGAAGAUGUCUAUAUUAAUUGCAGACUGGAGUUCGCUCACAGAUAAACUUUACAAACUGAUCUUGGUACAAACUACAAAGCAUUAAUGUUUCAAAUAAAACGCACCGAACUGCUAUACUAAAUUUCAUAGAAAAAGCAAAAACGCAUUAUUUUUGUUAAUUACACAUUUCCUAAAAUUGCUUGUGUCAGACUGAAAACUGUUUAUAAAACUGAUGUCAUUUAUCUUGUUAUUAAUGAU